AUGUUAGGUGUGUCGUGGUGUGAAGGGGUGCAGGUGACGGUGAGAGAUGACAGGCGGUUUGCCAUGCUUUUCCAGUCUGUGAUAUUACCGUGUCAGUACUCCAGUGUGUCCACUCAGACCCCUGUGGUUCAGUGGUGGUACAAGUCUUACUGUCGGGACCGUACGCGAGAUGCCUUCAGCUUCCCAGAGACACUGGGCGUCCGGGGCUCCGAGCUGGGCGCCUCGUCCCACCUGGACUGCGGAGACAGCAGCCGGACAGUUCGCAUCGUGGCCUCCGGACACGGAUCCUCCAUCACCCUACCUGAAUACUACAAGGGCCGAGACAUCUCUAUCAUUAAUAAAGCUGACCUGCGCAUUGGAGAGCUUCAGUGGGGAGACAGCGGGGUGUACUACUGUAAAGUGGUGAUCUCAGACGACCUGGAGGGACAGAAUGAGGCCAAAGUGGAGCUACUCGUACUGGGUAAGACAGGUGUGACUGAUGAUCUCCUGCCUGAGUUUGAGGUGCAGUUUAUGCCAGAGUGGGUGUUUGUGGGAGCUGUAGUCCUUGGUAGCAUCCUGUUUAUCCUGUUGGUGGGUAUCUGCUGGUGCCAGUGUUGCCCUCACUCCUGCUGUUGCUACGUGCGAUGCUGUUGUUGCCCGGAUACGUGCUGUUGUCCACGUCACUUGUAUGAGGCAGGGAAGGGGAUUAAGACCACCCCGUCCACAUCUAUAGCCAUGUACCCUCCUUUCUAUGUCCCCGGAGUGCCCACCAUGGUGCCCAUCGCCCCGCCCUCGCUCAUCGACUCCAAAAUGUCCGCAGCUCCUUCUCUGGAGAGCAACGCUGCCGCAGUGCAUAGUGCGUAUCGUGUCCAGACCACGCCGGAUCAGAACUCCCUGAAGAUGCUCCAGUAUGUGGAGAGGGAGCUGGCUCAGUUCAACCCCUCCAAGACCCUCAGCAGCCACAACUCCUGCAGCCAAUCAGAACUCAGUUCCCUCCACGAGGCAGACACAGACUUCCGCCAGACCUACCGGCAGGUCCAGAGAAAGGCGCUUCCUGCCAUUCCUGACCAUGACGAUCCACCAGAUCUCCAAAGAGAUCUGUCCCCUGUCCAUGGGAGAAGUGCCGCUCGGCACCAUCACCGAGGUAACCGGUUAGAGGAGGACCAGCCUGGCAGGUGGAACCCUCGUUCAGAGCAUUUGCAAAGGAAGGCGUUUCUUAUGGGCGGACGCACAGGCUCCCUGGACGAGCUGGAGGAGUUUGCCAUGACUUAUAUGCAACGGGGUCGCCAUGGUGAAUUUGACCGGGAAGAGGACUACAGGGCAAAGGACCGUGAGCGAGAUCGAGAUCGAGAUCGAGAUCAGGAUCACGAUCGUUACCCACAGUACAGGGAAAGGACCCAGCGUUAUCGUGCCAAGGACAGCCCAGCUGAGAUCAAAAGGGGUCGCCCACUCCCCCCGAGCCCCCCUCCCUUACCUGGGAAGCGACGGGGCACAUGGGACAGUGACCGGUUGUUCUCGCGCCGUGACGGAAGUGACCGGAGCCAUAGCGGAGGGGACUCGAGCGGUCGGGAGAACGGGAGUGGGCGGGACUAUGACGACUCUCUCCUUAACAGACUACUGGAGCGCAAAGCCAGGUCAGGAGGGAGCAGCAACAGGAGCAGGAGGCGCGAGGACGGUUCGGACACGCCCUCCAAGAGCAGUUCGAAAAAAAGCAGCGAACGGCUUCGUAGCCGGUCGCCUAGCAACCGCCCCAGGGAGGAGGAUGACUCUCUGCCACCAUACUCGGAGAGGGAGUUGGAGCGUUACCGUGACAACGAGUCACCCCAACGACCUCUCGCCUACACGCGGUCUGCUCAGGGCUCCUCGCAGACAGGACAAGAGGGCAGAGAGGAGCAGAGCAAACCUCGUAAAGUGAACACUCUUCUAAGCAGAGAUUCACUUAUAGUCUGA